AUGGAGGCUAAAGAGGAACAAGUAGGAAAAAAUCCCAACAUGGAAGAUCCUCACCAGGAAAACGAAAAGGAACAAGACACUAACAAAGGAGAGCCCUUGGCACUCCCUUGGGAAGGUGGUGAAUACUGUGUGCCUAGAGGAAGUCGUAGGCGACUCAGAGUUAGGCAGCCCAUCCUACAGUAUAGAUGGGACAUGGUUCAGAGGCUUGGAGAACCACAGGCAAAGAUGAGAGAAGAUAAUGUAGAAAGGAUUGGGGAGGAUGUGAGAGAGCUGAUGGAAAAACUGAGGGGAAAGCAAUUGAGUCACAGUCUAAGGGCAGUUAGCACUGACCCCCCUUACCAUGACCAUCACGAUGAAUUUUGCCUUAUGCCGUGA